AAAAAACUAAAGUCCCGCCACCGAAGACGAGAAUCAUCUUGCGUUUGCCGUCUCGAAAGAUCCGGAGAACAAGAACAAAGUAGUAGGGAAGGGAGGAUAGUAGGAAGGUGCUGCAGGCUUACGUUUUGCGAGAGAAGGCAGGAGAAAAAGUUGUGGAUUGCGAGGGGUAGGUUAGAAGAUAGAGGCAUCGCGAGGUAGGCUAGAUUCGGGAGCCGGUGAGCGAAGGGUCGUUUGGAGGGACAACGUCAGGACGAUUCCGUGGGCAUUGGAUCUGGAAGGAAUAAACUUCUGUUCGAUCACGACGGGUCUGGAACUGUGGAUUGCAAGCCAUGGUCGAAUGAUGUUGAUUGGGAGGUUUCUAUUCAUUCACGCAGUUGUGGAGUCCAGUUUGGGAGAGGUUGUUGCUUACCGCAGAAGAAGAAGUCUUUGCGGCCGACGGAAUUAAAACCAGAAAAACUAAAGGAACUCGGAGUUAUCAACGAUGGCGAAGCUCGAGGUGUUGACGGCGUUGGACAAGGCCAAGACGCAAUGGUACCAUUUCACAGCGAUCAUCAUUGCGGGUAUGGGGUUUUUCACCGACGCAUACGAUUUGUUCUCCAUCCCCAUCGUCACGGGGCUUCUGGGUAGGAUUUACUAUCAGACUCCUGGCACUGCUAACCCCGGUAGCCUGCCCCCGAACGUGAACGCUGCAGUGAACGCUAUGGCUUUGAUCGGCACUCUGAUGGGUCAACUCUUCUUUGGAUGGCUAGGCGACAAGCUCGGUCGGAAGAAGGUAUAUGGUAUUACGCUUGUUCUCAUGGUCGCGGCUGCACUCGCCUCGGGUCUCUCCUUUGGCCACACUCCCAAGUCUGUGAUGACAACGCUUUGCUUUUUCCGGUUCUGGCUUGGCUUCGGUAUUGGUGGAGACUAUCCAUUGAGUGCGACGAUUAUGUCGGAAUACGCUAACACCAGGACCCGAGGAGCUUUCAUCGCGGCCGUCUUUGCUAUGCAAGGAACGGGAAUCUUGUGUGCUGGCGCAGUCGGUUGCAUCGUUGGUGGAAUAUACAACAACGUCGUCCAUGCACCUGCAUACAAGGUCAACCCAAUCGCCUCGGUGCCAGACUCUGCAGACUUCGUGUGGCGUGCCGUUCUCAUGUUCGGUGCAAUUCCAGCUGCUGCCACUUACUACUACCGAAUGAAGAUGCCCGAAACAGCGCGUUUCACAGCGCUCGUGGCUGGAGAUGCCAGAAAGGCUGCUAAGGACAUGUCUACAGUUCUCCAAGUCGACCUUACACAGGAUGACGCGCGCAGCAGAGUCCAAGGACCCCAGUACACUUUGUUCUCCCCCGAAUUCAUGCGCAGGCACGGCCUUCACCUGCUCGGCACAACAUCGUGUUGGUUUUUGCUCGAUGUAGCUUUCUACUCUCAGAAUCUGUUCCAGAAGGACGUCUUCACCGCCGUCCACUGGCUACCCGCAAGGAAGGAAAUGUCAGCCGUUGGAGAAGUUUUCAGAGUUGCGCGAGCGCAGUCGCUCAUCGCGCUGUGCUCAACUGUUCCAGGCUACUGGGUCACCGUCGCCCUUAUCGACCGCAUUGGUCGGUUCACGAUCCAGCUCCAAGGAUUCUUCUUCAUGACAGUGUUCAUGCUUGGUCUUACCAUCCCUUACAACCAUUGGUUACACAACUCUACGGGUUUCAUCAUCAUGUACGCGCUCACCUUCUUCUUCGCCAACUUUGGCCCUAACAGCACGACCUUCAUCGUCCCCGCUGAAGUCUUCCCUGCCCGAUUCCGCUCAACUUGCCAUGGUAUCUCUGCCGCAGCGGGCAAAGCUGGCGCUAUUAUUGGAUCCUUCGGUUUCCUCUAUGCGUCUCAGAGCUCUCAUCAGAAGACGGUCGCGGCAGGAUACAGCAAAGGAAUCGGUGUUCGGAACGCGCUCUUCCUCCUCGCGGGCACAAAUGCGCUCGGCUUUCUUUGCACAUUCUUGGUACCUGAGACGAAUCAAAUCUCCCUGGAGGACCUAUCUGGGGAGAAUGAGGAAAAUGCGAGGAACGACUUGCCAGAUGACAAGGUUGCUGCCCUUUAAAGCAAACAUUGGUUUUGAUUGAGGACAUUUCUCACCUCUACCUGCAGCGUGACUUCAUUUUACCAGCUAUACCAUCCCAACUGCGUGCAGAUGAGGAACUCUCGGUUGCUUCGAAAAUUUUCUUCUCAUGGCUUGCACGAGAAGAGGAAUUUGCUUCAGUCUGUUUAAUUGUUUACAGUCUAGGGUCGACGGUGAUUGCUUUGGUUGAAUUCGGUUGAGAUAAGGUUGCGCAACAGUAGAAGGAUUGUGACAUUUUACUGUGUUUAAUGUUCGUGAAGUUCUGUGACCAAAUUUGUACGUUAACAGAAUCAUACCCCGAAUACUUGCGAAGGGGUAAUUUGGCAGGAUAAUCAAGAUUUAAUAAACUCAGUUGUGAUACAACAGUAGUAGCAUAUUCAUAGACAAAUUUGUUCAAUAUUUUCAGACAGGCUAGUUCGAAAACCUUGUGUGCACAACUCUGUCCUACCGGAUUUGUUGACAUGUUGGAAGUUUUUCCUAUUUGUCUUGAUGAGCGCUUUAUUUUAAAAGGAUUUAUCAUUGCAAGACA